AUGAGGAGUUGGGGAUUAUUUUGUUUCUUAGUUAUCUUUUCCUUCUUUUCGUUUUCACCUCAAACAUGCAUAUCAAGUGUUCGACAAAAUGGCAAAGUGAACCCAGGGUUCGAAGCGACUCAAAUGAAAUACAUAGACAACAACGGAUUAUUCAUGAUAUCAAAUUCAUCGAUUUUCGGAUUCGGUUUCAAUCCCAAUAGUGACGUCACUUCAUUCACUUUAGUCAUCAUUCAUAUGACCAGUUCAACGAUCAUCUGGUCUGCAAAUCGAGGCUCCCCAGUCGGCAAUUCCGAUAAGUUUCUGUUCGACGAUGACGGAAAUGCUUAUUUACAGAACAACGGGAGAGUCGUCUGGUCAACAAACACCGCCAAAAAUGGUGUUUCCGCCAUGGAACUGCGUGAUUCCGGGAACUUGGUGUUGGUUAAGAACGACGGUGGUGUUGUUUGGGAAAGCUUCAGCCAUCCGACAAACACACUUAUGUCGAAUCAAGAUUUUGUGAAAGGGAUGAAGCUCGUAAGCAAUUUGAAUAACAAUUUGAGUUUUUCUUUGCAAAUCGAGAAUAAAGAUCUGAUUUUGUCAGCGGAGUUUAAGAACUCGCAACCGUAUUGGUCGAUGGGGAAAGAUAAAAGGAGAAUCAUCAACAAAAGCGGUGGAGAUGCAAAUUCUGCCACCAUUGAAGCUAAUUCAUGGAGGAUAUAUGAUGAAAAUGGAAUCUUUCUUUCGCAAUUUGUUUUUGCAGAUGAUUCUGAUGCUAAUGACACGUGGAUUGCAGUUUUAGAAGAUGAUGGAUUCGUUAAAUUCCAUAAUCUCCAAUCACAAAUCACUGCUAACCCUAAAAUUCCAGGUGAUUCAUGCAGCAGACCAUUAGCUUGUCCGCCAUAUCUCGUUUGUCAUGAUGGGAACACUUGUCAAUGUCCUUCUGGACUCGCUCAAGUUAACUGCAAACCCGAAAUCGAAUCUUCAUGUAACAAGUCGAGAAUUUCAUCUUCUCUUGUCAACGCAGGGGAGAAUCUGAGCUAUUUUGCGCUAGGGUUCGUUUCGCCGGAUUCCAAAACCGAUUUAGAUGGCUGUAAAUCGUCGUGUUUGAACAACUGCACUUGCGUGGCUUUGUUCUUCGAUAACAACAAUGGAAACUGUUACCUGUUUGAUCAAAUUGGAAGCUUUGAAGACGCUAAAAAUGGCGCGAAUAUCGAAUCAUACGUUAAGGUUUCAGAUACUCAAUCUGACUCUUCUCAGGGUCAAAAUAGUAAGAAACAGUCGACACAAAUGGUGAUAGUAGUGGUUGCUGUAGUCCUAGCAGCAACAUUGGUUAUUAUCGGACUAGUAAUCGUCGGAAUUCGAUACAACAGGAAGAUGAAUACUCCGAUUGAAGAUCCCGAUGAAAUCUCUGAAGAAGAUAAUUUCUUAGAGAACAUAUCUGGAAUGCCUGUUCGUUUCACCUACAAAGAUCUUCAAGAAGCAACGAGUAAUUUCACUACAAAGCUAGGUCAUGGCGGAUUCGGUUCAGUCUACCAGGGUGCGCUAAAAGAUGGAACUCAACUCGCGGUCAAGCGGCUAGAAGGGCUCGGGCAGGGGAAGAAGGAGUUCCGGGCAGAAGUGAGCAUAAUCGGAAGCAUCCAUCACCACCAUUUGGUAAAACUCAAAGGAUUCUGUGCAGAAUCAAAACAUCGACUUCUCGUUUACGAGUAUAUGGCAAACGGAUCAUUAGAUCGAUGGAUUUUCGGCGAGUUUUUCCUCGAUUUUGAAACGAGAUACAGUAUCGCAAUCGGAACAGCGAAAGGAUUAGCGUAUCUCCACGAAGAUUGCGACGUGAAGAUCAUUCAUUGCGAUAUAAAACCAGAAAACGUCUUAUUAGACGAGAAUUUCCAAUCAAAAGUUUCAGAUUUCGGUUUAGCGAAGCUUAUGACACGAGAACAAAGCCAUGUGUUUACGACAUUGAGGGGAACUCGAGGUUACCUUGCUCCCGAAUGGAUCACGAACUACGCGAUUUCAGAAAAGAGCGAUGUCUACAGCUACGGAAUGGUGUUGCUUGAGAUUAUCAGUGGCCGGAAAAACUAUAUCUCGCCGGAGACGUCGCAUUUUCCGGCGUACGCUUCGAGGAUGAUGGAAGAAGGUAAAGUUGAGAUCCUGUUGGAUGAGAAGAUGAAAGUGGAUGAGAAGGAUGAGCGGGUGGUGGUGGCGAUACGGGUGGCGUUGUGGUGUAUACAGGAUGAUAUGAAUUUAAGGCCGUCGAUGACGAAGGUGGUGCGGAUGCUUGAAGGGCUGAGUCCGGUUCCGGCGCCGCCGGUUGUUGGUCAGACCGGGUUCUUUUCGAGUUUGUCUAAACCGUUUAGUGAAUUUGGUACUUCAUCUGGGCCUUCAGAUGGGAAUAGUGAUGCAUAUUUAUCGGAUCUUCGGGUUUCUGGGCCUAGGUAG